UGCAUAUUAAUUAGUAUUCGAGUAUAGAUUUAGUUUGAUAUAGAUAGUAUGAAUGCAAUUAACAUACUUUUUACAUAAUCGUUGCAACCUGGAAUUUUUUGUAUUGCCAAAACUCUAAUAGAAAACUAGGAUUUAAAUUUGGUGCAUAAAAUGUUUAUAGGAACGGGAAGCGAGAUUUUGACUCAAAUAUUAAAAGCUCUAAAUUCGAUCAUUUGCACUCUUAUCAGAUUGUGACGCUGUCAAAUGUCAAAUUCUGCUACUGUCAGAUUCUAUAUUUUCGCCUGCGCAAUAGUCCCAUAAUGUUAUUAUUACCGUUUUUGUUAGUUAUGGAAGAGUAAAAAAGAUAGUAUCUAUAAAAAUUGUCAUUUUGUUAUUUACUUUUGAUUUUAAAACCAUAAAAACUUUUAUUUACGUCAAAUGCCACCAUAACCUCACUUUUGAAAAUGAUUUCUUUUGAAAAAAUCACAUUUGCUGUUGUUUUUUUUCUUGUCAAUGUCAAAUAAAUUUCAAUGUGACAUAAUUUGCAUCUAAAUCGGGUUUUUACUAAAAAUAGACCAUGUUACCUGAAGAUACUUUUGCAAUUUGUGAUACAUUUCGUGAUGAAGAUUGUCUCAAGAAUGGGGAGAAAGAAAUCCAUUCAAAAGUCAACGGAUAUCGAAAUAAUACAUGUGUGAUUAUAACAAAUUCGUGCUACACUUGUAAUGGGUAUUAUGGACCAUGCUUUGAGGACCCAGUGUGUUCAACUUGUCAUGCUUUUUUGUUCCCCAAUACUGCCCCAAUUAUGGAUAGGCCCUUAACAUUGGAAAGAUCCAGUGACAGCGAUUCUGGUAAUGACGAGCCUGUAGAUUGUAACAGUCAAGAAAGUAUGCCGAAUGUACCCAUUUACGAGGAAUUGGUUGGCAAAAUGGCCCCUGUGAGGGUGGAUACUCUCGCAAAAGAAUUACAAAGACUUUCAAAUGUCAGUCAUCACGUAACUGACAUGAAUCUCGAACUAUUUCCACCUGAAGUUCUUAUGCAUAUGUUUAAAUAUUUAGAUGAAAUUUCUUUAUGGAGUAUAGGACAAGUUUGUAGUCGGUGGAGGGAGAUACUUUUUAUGUGUGUGAAAUUCGAGCGUUGGAAAGAUUUUGUGCAUUUAAGAUGGCCGUUAUUGCAUAUAGAAAAUGACGAACAAGACUGGUAUGAACUUUAUACAGCUAUGAUGCUUAGUUCGUGUUGUUUAAAAUGUGUCAAACAAAUGGCUGCUCAAAAAUUACCCUCACAUUGGGAGGAUAGUUCAUGGAGGCGGCACCGCUUAAGAACUGAGAUUAAAGCAAUGAGGAAUGAUCCUUUAGAUGGGAUUGAUGCUAUGCCACUAGAUGCUAAUUGUUGUCAUUGGCAAGCGACGAUAGAAGGACCAGCAGGUAGUCCUUACGAAGGCGGAUUAUUCUUUCUCUACAUACAAGUACCAACAACAUAUCCAUUAGAUCCGCCAAUUGUUAGGUUUAUCACGAAAAUAUUUCAUCCAAAUGUUUCAAGACAUGGAGAUAUUGGUAUUGAUUCAAUUCAUCAUAACUGGUCAUUAGCUCUUACAAUUAGCAAAUUGUUGAUUUCGAUACAGUCACUUCUUACCGAUCCUUUUUGUGAUGUUUGUAUGGAGCCCGAAAUAGGAAAUAUGUAUUUGAAAAACAGAAAGGCAUUUGAAGAACAAGCAAAAUUGUGGACUGCCCAUCAUGCCAUGCAUGAUAUGUUGCCACACUGAAUAUUAAUUUUUUUGUCUCUUACAUUUUUUACCUAAAAUGUAUUUUCAAAAUUAUGAGUGAUACUGAUAUCUUGUUUAUUGCAUUAUAAAAUUGUUUGUAAUUAAUUUUGUGUAAAUCAAUAAAUCUGUUUUAUAAAUUGA